GUCAAAGAAAUGCGUGAGAAGAUGGCAGAACUGGAAAAGGAAGGUGGCAAGCGGUUGAAACUUCAGGUCACCGCCUUGGAGGGUCGCCUAGCCGCAACCGAAGAACAGCUAGAGGUUGAGACUCCCAACGCACUCUUCACCCGUACGCGACAUGACGUCUUUUUGCGCAAAGGAUACUUCGCUUGGGGCCCGCCGAACGCCUGUACCUCGCGUCACUUUCCUGGCGAACGUCUGGGCCAAAGCCCACAAAUUGGGUACGGAAAUGGCAACAUUCUUCAGAUACUGAAUACAGAUGCAGAUACUGCAACUGAACUGGACGAAGAAAAACUCUCCUCAACCCAGAUGAAGGAGCAAGUAGAGAAGGCGCAGAGUGCUGCGAAGCGCUUCAAGGGAGCAAUGGAAUCAAUGGAGGACGAAAUUAACCAACUGAAGUCGCAACGCCGUCGUCUGCAGCGUGACCUGGAGGAGAUAACUGAACAGAAGGAGACUUCUGAGCGGGAAUUGCUCACUCUGCGGAGCAAGAUCAAUCGCCUUUCCUAUAGACCUCUUGAUAACUACACCGGAGACUCGGAUCAAGAACUGUCGCCGUUUGAUAUUUAUAACUUCCGAACCGGCCGCAUGGGUUCCACCGGUGCCUCCCGUCCCUCCACUCGCACUGGUGGUGACAACACUCCCGACGAUGCCCAGUCCACCGCAGACACGAGUGCCCCCGGCAGCGAUCCCAAUGCCUCCGUCACCACGCCCAAUUCCAACCACACCGCGGCUGAGUAA